UUUUGGGUAAUCGUAAAUCUGGGACCGGGAUCCCAGUAGAAGGAUAGGGUCCGUGUUGGGAGAACAGAAGAAUUUCCACUUUUGGGUGGGAAAAAGGACGGCACUUUCAAUAAACGUAGAACAAGGCAGCGAAGUUCAGACUCACCCAAGUUAUCUGUUGAAGCGAAGUAUAUUCCACUAAAGAUGAGCUUGUUGUCUGCCAUAGACACCACCAGUACCUCCGUGUACCAGCCUGCACAGCUUCUUAACUGGGUUUAUCUGUCUUUACAAGAUACACAUCAGACCAGUGCGUUCGAUGCCUUUAGACCCGAGCCCAACUCGUCCCAUCCGGACCUGAACUACAGCAAAGCUCCCACAGCCGACCUGAGCUCUUCCCUAAAUUCCAACUAUCUCAACAAUUUCUUUCAGCUCCAGAGGAACGAGGCUUUGAAUAAUGGCUUAUACAAAACCGUCUCUCCCUACGGCUCUCUGAGUAAUCUUGUGGAUGGGCUGAGCUCUCUAACGGACCACUUUUCAGACCUCUCCCUGUCCUCUGAGCCUCGUAAACCCAGCAAGAGACCCCCACCCAACUACCUGUGUCACCUCUGCUUUAACAAGGGACACUACAUCAAAGAUUGCCCUCAGGCCCGACCCAAAGGAGAGGGGCUGACUCCAUAUCAGGGGAAGAAGCGCUGCUUUGGGGAGUACAAGUGCCCGAAAUGCAAGAGGAAGUGGAUGAGCGGCAACUCGUGGGCCAACAUGGGCCAAGAAUGUAUCAAAUGCCACAUCAACGUGUAUCCUCAUAAACAGCGGCCUUUGGAGAAGCCAGACGGCCUGGACGUGUCUGAUCAGAGCAAAGAGCAUCCACAGCACCUGUGUGAGAAAUGCAAGGUCCUGGGUUACUACUGUCGCCGUGUGCAAUAACAACCUCCUGGACACAGGGGUCGCUGCCAAUUCCUGCCUUCCUCAAAGUCCCUACCCACUACCACCCCCACCCCCACCCUCCACCCAACUCUCCACCCUCCACCCUCCACCAA